AUGACUCAAGAAACUAUGAAAGCCGUAGUGUUCCAUGGAACUCUCGAUGUUCGACUCGAAGAUCGACCCAUCCCAAAAAUCGUGGAUCAAACGGAUGUAAUCAUCAAGGUCAAAUACUCGGCAUUGUGUGGAAGUGAACUCCACGUUUUCAGGGGACAUCAAGCUUCGAAGACAGGCUUCAUCAUGGGUCAUGAGACCGCAGGCACGAUCGUCGAAUUGGGAAACGAUGUAAAGACACAUAAGAAAGGCGACUUGAUUGUCAUGCCAUUCACCGUGUCUUGUGGUGAAUGUUUCUAUUGUAUAAGAGGAUACUCGUCGCGAUGCGAAAAAUGUUUGUUAUUCGGAUGUCCUUUACUAGAUGGCGGUCAAGCCGAGUAUAUGAGAGUGCCAUUGGCAGAUGCAACAGCUCUGGUGUUGAUGGCAGAUAUCUUCCCUACCGGAUAUUUUGCGGCUAGGAAUGCUUUCGAUGGAAUGUCGCAAGAAACGAUAAGCAAUAGUGUUGUGGUUUUAAUCGGCUGCGGACCGGUUGGUCUUUGUGCCUUGAUCAAUGCUUUGGAGUAUAAACCAAAGAUCGUGAUAGCUAUCGAUCGUGUGGAGAGUCGGUUGGAAUUGGCUAAAACGUUGGGCGCGGAACCGUGGAACGAUCAGACGAACAAAGAAGGAUUGACGAAGCGAGUAAAAGAACUGACUGACGGAAGAGGAGCCGAUUGUGUAAUUGAGGGUGUCGGUCAUGCAGAUGCGCUGAGAACUGGAUUCGAUUUGCUGCGGCCAUGGGGAACAAUCGCGAGCUUCGGUGUGCAACAAGAUGAAAUUCCUUGGUCGGGUAUGGAGGCCUAUGGGAAGAACGUGAAAUCACAAUUUGGACGAUGUCCUGUCCGAAGUGUUUUCUCACAAGCUAUGGAGGUUCUCAAAAAUAACCAAGAUAAACUUGAUUUCAUGACUGAUAAGAUUAUGCCCUUGAGUAAAGUAGUCGAAGGAUAUGAUAUCUUCAACAAAAUGCAGGUACACAAGGUAAUAUUUGAGCCUGGGCAUUGA